AUGAUUGCUGAAGCUCUACCCGCUCCUCAACCGCGCUAUCCCAGCCAUGACCUCUCCAAGUUUCCUGAUACCCUGAAAGGGAAGCGAAUCCUCCUCUGCACCGAGUCUUUUGGGCCUGUCAAUGGUGUCAGUCGCACGACUUUGAUGCUUGUAAACCAUCUAAGAGCACAUGGGGCUCAGGUCGCAGUGGUUGCUCCACAUAACCAUACAGAACACAAUACUUUUACGCCGCCGCCAUCGCCAACUAUGUCCCCUGCAGAUAAGCAGCCCGAAGUCAGAGUCACUGGAUAUCCUCUCCCAUUCAAUCCCGAGCUCUCUAUCGUGUACCCGGUGCGCAAUUCGACUCUGUACUCAAGAACAUUUGGCGAUGAUGCUCCCCCCGAUCUGAUCUACCUUGCAUCGCCUGCAAGUCUGGGUUUCCAAGUCAUGCUUCAACUACGACAACAGCCAAAAGAGAAGCAAAUACCCGUCAUCUGCAAUUUCCAGACCGAUCUUGCUGGCUAUUGUUCCAUCCUAUUUCCGGCGCCGCUGAGCCACGUUGCGGUCUUUGCAUUCGCAGCUGUCCAGAGUUAUCUCUUCAGUCACUCCUCGAUCAAGACCAUAUUCUACCCUUCGAGUUUUGUGAAACGAUAUUUGGUGGGCCAGAAGGUGCCAGCAGAUAAGCUAGAGGUUCUAACACGAGGUGUCAACACUGAGUUAUUCAACCCCCGAAUGAGAAGCGAGGAACUGCGAAAACAGCUGGCACCUAACGGCGAGAUCAUUUUCGUGACAGUCUCCAGAAUCGCUGGUGAGAAAGGUUUCGAUUUCCUGGCGAAGGCUGCAAAGGAGCUUGAUGCCCGGGGACUCAAUUUCAAGCUUUACAUAGUCGGCGGUAACCGCAACCCCGAUGUCGAGAAGGAAGUGCAAGAGCUUUUUGAUCCUCUACGAGAGAAGGGUAAGGUUAUCUUCGCCGGUUUUAAGGUCGGGGAAGAUCUCGCCACUGCUUAUGCUAGCGGCGAUGUUUUUCUCCAUUGUUCGGUUACAGAAACCUUUGGCCUUGUCGUUUUGGAGUCUAUGGCCAGUGGGGUUCCAGUCAUCGCUCGUGAUGAAGGGGGCCCGUCUGACAUUGUCCAGCAAGGAGGAAACGGAUUCCUCAUCUCUCCAGACGACCUCGAUGGUUUCGUAGCCAAGGCCAUGAAACUUGGUCUAGACCACACCCUUCGUGCCCAGAUGGCCCAGGCCGCAAGAUCGUACGCAUGCGAGAUGACAUGGGACAAGAUUAACAACAAAGUUGCCUGGCGCAUGUCGGACACCAUCUCGGAAUGGAACCGUGAGCGGAAUGGCCCAACAAACCGACUCUCAUCGCAUCUCAAGUCCCAUGAGCCGCUUAUUCCAAUCUACGGGUGGCUUAUGAUGAACGAUGCUAUUCGCGAGACAAUGACACGGGGUAUUGUCGACGCACGACUCAUGGGCGGACUGGGUGUCAUUCUAUCAUUCUGGAUGGUAACAGGGUGGUAUAUGGUCUUCACAGAAUGCUUCCUCUGGGCUAAAGGGCGAUGGAGAAGUGCAGAGAGAAGAUUGUCAAUCUCAUAG